AUGAAUUCUAAAGUAGAAGUAAAUCACAGAGUUUUUGUAAUCCAAGCAAAGAAAAAGCGUCAUAAGCCCGGUAAAAAGAAAAAAGAGCUCGAUUCAAUUAUCUCUAGCAAUUCUAAGCAACAAAACAAGUCAGAUCCUGUUCCCAGCCGUUCUUCACCAAAUAAAACAAUUCAGGAUGACGAUGAAGAUUUUUACUGCUCUGACGAAGAUGAACAAGAAGAUUCGAGUGAUUACUGUAAAGGGGGAUAUCAUCCAGUUAAAAUCGGCGAUGUUUUUCAAAACAGGUACAGGGUAACAAGAAAGCUCGGAUGGGGUCAUUUUUCAACUGUGUGGCUUUGUUGGGAUUUUUUGGAUAGACGGUUUGUUGCUUUGAAAGUUGUUAAAAGUGCAUCGCACUUUACCGACACUGCUUUAGAUGAAAUCAAACUUUUAAGAACUGUCAGAGAAGCAGAUCCUUCAGAUCCAAAGAAGAAUAAAACUAUUCAAAUGCUCAAUGACUUUAAAAUUACUGGUAUUAAUGGUACCCAUGUUUGUAUGGUAUUUGAAGUUCUCGGAUACAAUUUGUUGAAGUUAAUUAUUAGAAGCAGUUAUAGGGGUAUACCAAUAAGUAAUGUAAAAUCAAUAAUUCGCCAGGUACUAGAAGGAUUAGACUACUUGCAUACAAAAUGUAAAAUAAUUCAUACAGAUAUUAAACCGGAAAAUGUAUUAGUUUGUGUGAGUGAAGAAUAUAUAAGAAAACUUGCUUGUGAAGCAACCGAUAUGCAUUCACAAGGUUUAAAACUUCCUGUAUCACUUGUUAGUACUGCUCCUAAAGAAUUUCAAGAACCAAAAAUGGAUGCUAAAAUGUCCAAAAACAAAAAGAAAAAACUUAAAAAGAAAGCUAAGAGGCAAGAAGAAAUUUUGAAAAAACAAAUUCAACAAAUGGAAGAAAUGGUAGAAGGCAAAAAAGAAUUAUUGUCAAGUGGAGAUCAGACAGAUACCAAUAUAAGUCCAGAUCUUACUGAAGAAACUAAAACAGACAAUAAUGAAAAUGAAAAAUAUAUAUUGGGUUCUCCUGGUAAAAUAUCUCCCAUAGUUAAUGGAUGUGAUAAAUUUGAUAAGCAGCUAGAAGAAGAAAAGGGAUCAGGGGAAGGAGAAUUUCAAGAAAAUGCAUCAUUAGAAAACAAAGUCACAGAAGAUGAGGACAAGUUUGAAAAUAAGAAUGACAAAGAAAAUGAAACUCUUAAAGAAACAAAUGUAGAUCUAGAUAAUUUACAGGAUUGUAAGGAUGAUAAUAAUUCAAAAGAAGAUAUUCCUAAAGAGUGUAAAAUAAUGAAUAUUCUUGAUCAUAAUAAAGAGGCUGAUGUUGAAGAUGGUGAUAUAGAAGGGGAUGAAGAAGAAGAAGAAGAUGAACUUAAAUUUUCAGAUAAUACGAAUAAAAACAAAUUGGAUUUGAAAAAAGGACUAAUGAAAGAUUUUGAUACUGGCCCUGAUCCAGCCCUUGUUCCUUGUGAUGUUGAAGUUAAAAUAGCUGACCUUGGCAAUGCUUGUUGGACGCAUUGCCAUUUUACCGAAGACAUACAAACAAGGCAAUAUAGAAGUCUUGAAGUUCUUCUCGGAGCUGGUUAUAACACAUCAGCAGAUAUCUGGUCCACUGCUUGCAUGGCAUUUGAAUUAGCUACAGGAGAUUAUUUGUUUGAACCUCAUUCUGGAGAAGAUUAUAGUAGAGAUGAAGAUCAUUUAGCCCACAUUAUAGAAUUAUUAGGAGAGAUUCCGAAAAGAAUUGCUUUAAGUGGCAAACAUUCAAAGCAAUUUUUCAAUGCAAAAUGUCAACUUAGGCGUAUUGUCGGAUUGAAACCAUGGAGUUUAUUCGAAGUUCUCGUGGACAAGUACAAAUGGGAAUGUUAUGAAGCUAGGGAAUUCACAAAUUUUUUAACGCCCAUGUUAGAUUUUGAUCCAAAUCGUCGUGCGACUGCUGAAGAAUGUUUGAGGCAUCCAUGUUGGAAAUAUACUACUAAAGCAGUGAAACAUGACAAAAUUUUAGUGAUCAUCAAAACUGUUUAUAGUGUAAGAAAAAUAGGAACAAACUAUAUUAACUAA